GGAUAGAGGAUUUGGUAAUGGAAGAAAUGAAAAACAUAAGAAAUGGAGAGGAUCUCAACUCUCAGAAAUGUGAACACUGAAACUCUUUCGGUCAAAAAAAAAAAAAACACUGAAAACUCUUCUUCAUCUUCGGUAGAUUGAUUCAGUUCAGUUCUUCAUACUCAACACUCUCUUGAAUUGAAGAACCAUCAAUAACCGUAAAUAAGGUCUGUGUAACAAUCUCAAUCCCUCUUCGCUAAAUUUUUGAACACACUCUUUGUUAAUUAUUCUUUGAAUUUCAUUUGUGAAACAAAAACAAUGUGUUCCCAGAAGACCCUUUUGAGAAUUUUCAACAAAGGUGUGACCUUUCCUUCAAAACAACAUGAAAUUGUUCAUAAGAUUACUCAAAACCUCAUUAAUUCAAGUAACCACAACUAUUUCAAACCUAAUAAUACUGAACUUCAUUCAAUGAUCUCCUACAUAACCCCCCAUGUUACUUACUGUGUUCUCUCGGACCCUAUUCUCCAACCUCAUUCUUGUUUAACCUUUUUCCAUUUCCUUAAAACCCAACAUUCCGACAUUUCACUCAAACCUGACCUUAAAGCCCAUUUGAUUCUCAUUUCGAGGCUUUUCGAAGCUCGGAAAUUUGCCACCAUGAAGAGUAUUUUGAAUGGUGUGGUUAAUGAUUCGGAAAUUCGUUGCCCCGUUUCGGGUAUUGUUGAUUUGGUUGAUGAAUUUGAGCCUCAUUUUGUUGAGAAGCUUUUUGACAUGUUGUUUAGGGUUUGUUCUGAUAAUAGGUUGUUUGAAGAAGCAAUUAGGGUUUAUGAUUAUGCGGAAGAAAAAGGGUUGGUGAUAGAGGAGAGGUCUUGUUUUGUGCUUUUGAUGGCUUUGAAGAGAUGUCGUGAGGUUGAGUUGUGUCUUAGGUUUUUCCGUCGGAUGGUUGAGUCUGAUGGUAUUGAAAUUAGGGUUCAGUCUUUGACACUUGUGGUUGAUGUGUUGUGUAGGAAGGGAGAGGUUGAGAAAGCCAAGGAGUUGAUGGAUGAGUUGGUGGGUAAAGGCAUGGUGAAACCAACUGUGUUUACUUACAAUACAUUGUUAAAUGCAUAUGUCGGAAGAAAGGAUCAAAAGGGAGUUGAUGAGAUAUUGAGGCUGAUGGAGAAGGAGCAAGUUGUUUUUAGUGUUGCUACUUAUAGUAUUUUAAUUCAGUGGUAUUCGAUUUCUAGCAACAUUGAGGAAGCUGAGAAGAUAUUUGAGGAAAUGCGUCAAAGAAAUAUGCCAAUGGAUGUUUAUGUUUAUUCGUCGAUGAUAAGUUGGAAUUGUAGGUUAGGAAAUAUGAAAAGGGCUUUUGCUUUGUUUGAUGAGAUGACUCAGAGAGACAUUGCUCCAAACGCGCAUACUUACGGCGCCUUGAUAGGUGGUGUGUGCAAAGCAGGUCAAAUGGAAGCUGCAGAAAUCUUGUUGGAAGAGAUGCAAAGUAAGGGACUUGACCUAAAUCUAGUAAUAUUUAACACAAUGAUCGAUGGUUACUGCAAACGAGGAAUGAUGGAUGAAGCUUUGAAGCUGCAAGCAAUCAUGGAAAAAAAAGGACUCAACUCAGAUGUGUUUACAUACAACAUUCUUGCAAAUGGGCUCUGCAAAUUGCACAGGUUUGACGAAGCCAAGUGUAUUUUAAAUUCAAUGGCUGAGAAAGGAGUGGAACCAAAUGUUGUGACUUUCACUACGUUUAUCGAGAUAUAUUGCAAGGAAGGAAACCUUGCAGAAGCUGAGAGGUUCUUUAUGGACAUGGAGAAAAGGGGAAAAGUGCCUAAUAUUGUUACAUAUAACACACUGAUCGAUGCAUAUUGCAAGAAAGAAAAAGUGAAGCAAGCACAUACGGUAAAAUCUGAAAUGAUAAACAAGGGGUUUUUACCAGAUGUAUAUACAUACUCAUCACUAAUACAUGGGGAAUGUAUUGUCGGCAGGGUAGAUGAUGCACUUAAGCUUUUCAAUGAAAUGGGGUUAAAGGGCAUAGCUGGAAAUGUUGCGACGUAUACAUCAAUUAUUUCAGGUUUAUCGAAGGAGGGGAGAGCAGAUGAAGCUUUUAAGUUAUAUGAUGAGAUGAUGAAAAUGGGCCUAACACCUGAUGAUAGAGUCUUCGCCGCACUUGUUGGCAGUCUUCACAAACCCCUCACGCAUGCUGAUCUAAAACAAAAUGAAUAAGGAACAAAAGUAGACGCUUCUGAUAUCUCAAUAGGGUCAAAUAUUUAUUUGUCAAAUGCACACGGGAAGGAAGUAAGAAAUUGUGGUUAAGGGUGUGAGAGAAUGAUGAUUUUCAUCUUUGGAACUCAAGCGAGAAGACCCAUGUUGAGAGGAAACUUGAUGUUCAACAGCACCAAUUUAGAGCUUGGCAACUUGGAAAAUGUGCAAAUAUUAUGGUCUUGCAUCAAUAAAGCGUCAGAUUCGGAUUCAGUUUACCAAGGGAUUUAUAGCUAUGUGACUAUGGGAGCUGAGUGAAGGUCUUGUUGAUUAAACCUUGCUGAUAAUGAAGGAAAACUGUUGUAUAUGAUCUUUGGUUUCUGCUGAACAUGAUGGAUACAGGUUUCAUUUUUACCUCGCUGUUGUUUUCCACCCUCUUGUAAUGUCUCAGAAUGUUACGUUUGAAUAUCAGUUGCAAAAUUAUGUUAUAAUGGAUUCUACAUCACUAUUUUAGUAUUUUUCAAUUUGUCAUAGCACCUUUUUUUACCGAGAUUUCACCUUUGAAGAAAUUCAUGCUCGAUGUUUUUUCAUUUAUUAAUUAUUCCUUUGAAUUAUUAGUGUGAUAUGUUUAGACGCACACACUUAGUGCAGUCGUAUUGAAUGUCUUAAAACUAUAUUGGGCGAAGAAGGCGACCCGUGUAAAAACAGAGAGAAUGUUUGAAAGAAAUUUGUGAUCACGCUGAUUUGUAAAAUUGUAAGGAAGAAGGGGAAUGGAUCAUGGGCUGAUUCGGGGACUUGUUAGUUAAAGAAAAAGACUAGUUUUUGUAUCCCACUAAAGAAAUGCUAAGAACACACUUUUAACACACUUUUAACACACUCUAUCUUAUUGAUUAGAAUUAAUAUAGGUCCCAUGAAAUCUAUGUGGGAUUCACAUGGUUUAAUGGGGACCAUUUCGAAAAUAGUAGGACUGGAACAUAUAAGAAAAUCUAGUGUGUUGCUAGCACUUUUCUUUCUUGCAAGGGUUUCGUUGAGAAAGCAAACUACUCAGUACUCAUUUACACUUUACAAAUUUGAAAAAUUACAUUAUUUAGAAAGAAAAAUCUAUUAUUUGUCUCAAACCAAUCUAUUAUUUUCUCUAUUUCCCGAUCAAUGUCUCUCUUGAUUGAUCUAUCGAUGAACUGAAACCCUCUUGUUUAUCUCUCUCUCUAAAUAUAUCCAGUGAUGUGAGUACUAGUUCUCUACUUUAUUCGUUAUUGCCAUCUGUGUGCUUGAGUUAUUGUGACUUUAUUGUCUGUUGCAAAACAAAGGUGAAAGAAUUAUCUUGAUUCCAUCAAAGGGUUUGCAUUCUUUCAUCUUCCAAUAGGUAGAUAUUUAACUUGUUUUUAUUAGUUUUUGUGCUGCUUGAAUUUUUGUUACUUCAAACUAUGGAGCACACUAGCUACAUUAUAGUUUGCUUCUUGAUCAUAAUAAUGUGUAUUAAUUAAAUUUCAUCGCCAAGCUUUGAUGUGGUCAGAGUGAUCAAACUUAGAUACACCUCUUUGGAUGUCGGGUUACUUGCACUUUUGGUAUAAAUAUUUAUUGAGACUCUUUAAUUAUUGUUGAAACUUGACCUAACAUGCUUGAUGAAUGGUUCCAAAUCUUUGGAGUGUCUGUGAUCAAUUUGGGAAGCUAUGCUCCAUUCCAUCACCAAGGUUGGAGACCAUUGAUUGUAGAUUCUCCUUGCUGCAAAUGCUUUCGAUGUUGAUGCACGAAGUAGGUAGCUUGGCUGGUGAGUUAGGGGACAUGGAAGGAGUUUUAAAGCUAACAUAACUACUAACUUACUAAUACUUUUCUGUCCAAAAAAAAUAAUUUAAUUUUGUUAGUAGAUGAUAUAAAAAUAUCUUAUGAUAUAAAUAUCAUCGUAGUAUAUCUUAAAUUAUCUCAUAUGAUUAGUUUUGUAUUAGACAAAAUUUAGAUGUAGUACCAUAAGUGUUGGAGGUAUGUGGUAAAAAGACAUGCCUUUGACUCGGAGGUUCUGAGUUCAACCCCCACAAGAGCUUUUGGAGGAUGUAAAUACUUGAGCCCUAAGGUUUUUCCUUUCUUGGACUAGAGCAUCAUUCCCUCAACCUAAAUUUCUUCAAUCAAAAUAAAAAUUGUUGGUGGCACUGCUAUCUUGUUAAAAUUGAACAUGUUCAAAUGAAAACUACUGACCCUCUAUAUGAGGCAACAAAGUGCAUAUUUCGAAAUACCAGAAGUAGAGUCUUGUUCGUGUACUAUGGAUGAUCAUACAAUUUAAUUUCCUUGUGAAUUUAUUUAUUUUACUUUACACAAAGGCCACAUUUUGAUGUUCGCUUUAAGUAUCAAAAUAUGUUGGGCCGGCCCUUUACUAAACUAAUUGGUUUCCAUUGAAAUUUUGACAACGAGUUCAACCAAUUUUGUCUCGUAUCAACCUCUUAUAGGUAUUGAUAUUGAUGUUUAAAUAUAAGAAUGAUAUUGAUGAUGUGGUAAUAAAUUGAUGCAUAUAGAUAUUUCUUAUUAGUUGAAAAUACUUGAAUUCUUAAAAUAAAAUAAUAUUCAUUUGGAUACCACAUAUUC